CUUGGGCAGGUCACACAGCUUCUCUGUGCCUGACUAAGACAGGGAUAACCUCUCACUUCAUGGGGUCACUGGAAGGCCCCUGUCCUUCCUGGAUCUGCCCUCCGGCUGACGACAGCCUCAUCGACCGUCUCCUGAACCUCCUUUCUCCGGGCUUAAGUGGGACCCACAUCUACGGGGGUUCCAGGUAGCUGUCCCAGUAUUAGAUGCCUUGGCGGGAAAAGGGUUUUUGGUCCUAAUAUCAAUGUUUAACCGGAUGUGCAGGUCAAUGUUUACCAGAAGAGAAAGCAAUUGGAACAGGGGUUGGCUGAGAGCAAAGGUCCUGGUGGCAGGGGAGGGCUCAGCCGGGCUGGCUGGAACCCGGGCACAGCGUGGGGAGCACCCAAGUGGGGCCAGAGGGACAUCGUGUGCAGCGGUGAGGAGCCUGCCGAGGAACAUGGCGCUGCUCUGGCUGCCUGAGCUUGUCCUUGUGCUCAGCUUGUCCUGCCUGCAAAGCCCCUGCUCAGCGUUCUCUCCUGUGAGCACCAUGGAGCCCUUGGGCCUGCAGCUGAUGAGUGGGCAGACCCAGCAGAAGCUACCCCCACUUUCCCUCCUCAAGUUGGGCAACCAGGAGCCUGGUGGCCAGACUGCCCCAAAGAAGGCCCCAGGAGACUGCGAGGGGUCCCCAAACCCGGAGCAGACCCGCAGGCUGGCCCAGGCCAUGAUGGCCUUCACCAGAGACCUCUUCUCCCUGGUGGCCCAAAACUCCACCAGGCCCAACCUGAUCCUGUCGCCUCUGAGUGUGGCCCUGGCACUGUCUCACCUGGCACUAGGUGCUCAGAACCAAACGCUGCAGAGGCUGCAGCAGGUGCUGCACGUGGACUCAGGGCCCUGCCUCCCCCACCUGCUCAGCCGCCUCUGCCAGGACCUGGGCCCUGGGGCUUUCCGAUUGGCUGCCAGAAUGUACCUGCAGAAAGGAUUUCCCAUCAGAAAGGACUUCUUGGAACAAUCAGAACAGCUCUUUGGUGCAAAGCCCAUGAGCCUGACGGGAAGGAAGAGGGAUGACCUGGCAAACAUCAACCAAUGGGUGAAGGAGGCCACAGAGGGGAAGAUUGAGGAUUUCCUCUCAGAUCUGCCAGAUGACACAGUGUUGCUUCUCCUCAAUGCCAUCCACUUCCAGGGCUUCUGGAGGAGGAAGUUCGACCCGAAUCUCACGCGGAGAGACACUUUCCACCUGGACGAGCAGUUCACGGUGCCGGUGGACAUGAUGCAAGCCCGCACGUACCCGCUGCGCUGGUUUCUGCUGGAGCAGCCUGAGAUCCAGGUGGCUCAUUUCCCCUUUAAGAACAACAUGAGCUUCGUGGUCGUCGUGCCCACCCGUUUCGAGUGGAACGCGUCCCAGGUGCUGGCUAGCCUGAGCUGGGGCGUGCUGCACCAGCCCUUGCUGCGGGAGAGGCCCACCACGGUCCAGCUGCCUAAGCUGCACCUGAAAUACCAAAUGGACCUGGUGGCCAUCCUCAGCCAGCUGGGCCUGCAGGAACUGUUCCAGGCCCCGGACCUGCGCGGGAUCUCAGACCAGAGCCUGGUGGUGUCCAGCGUGCAGCAUCAGUCCACGCUGGAGCUCAGAGAGGCCGGCGUGGAGGCGGCCGCGACAACCAGCACGGCCAUGUCCCGCAUGUCCCUCUCCUCCUUCAGCGUGAACCGCCCCUUCCUCUUCUUCAUCCUCGAGGACAGCACGAGCCUGCCCCUCUUUGUGGGCAGCGUGAGGAACCCCAAUCCUGGCGCGCAGCCGGAGCUCAAGGAGCAGCAGGACUCCCCUGACAACAGGGACUUUUUCCAGCACCAGAAAGGCUUCCCCCGCGGAGACAAGCCGUUCGGCCCUGACUUAAAACUUGCGCCCCCCUCGGAGGAGGAUUACCCCCAACCUAGCAGCCCCAAGUGAGGGCUGUGGCCGCCAGCAGCCCUGAGCCCCGGUUGGACCAGCCUCUCAACUCAUUUGACUCUUUCCAAACAGCUUUGUGGGAUUGCGGGCGGGGGCCUGGGGCGCAGUCUGGCAGAGGGGAGGAGGGGAGCCAGUCUCUCUUCUCCUCUUGGGGAGUUUGGGGAGGGGCGGCGCUGGGAGGAGGGCAGGCAUCGGGGAACCAUGGGCCUUGAUCCAAAGGGGUUCAGAGGGUGUCCUCGUCUGGGGCUUGGGCGGAAGGGCAGCUGUGGAUUCAUUUUUGUCAGGAAGGUAGGUAGGUUAUUCCCUAAGUUGGCUGGGUCGCCUCCUCGCCUGUUUACCAGAGAGGGAGGGCCGGGGAGGGGGGGACACCUGGCUGGGGAGAUGGGGUGGCCCGGGGGUGCCAAGCACUGUUGUGGGAUUAAACAUGAGGGUGGAAGUCGAGCCUCUGCCCUGAGCUGCCCAAGGCCCAGCAGCCUCCAGACCACCCCGUGGCCUCAGUCUCCCCGCUGGUCCUCGGAGGUACCAACACUGCCAGGACUCCCCUUUUUUCCUCUCCCCUCUGUCCCCCCUGCCCGGCGUCUCAGUGGCUGAGGGGUGGGGGGCGUUAGCUCCCGAAGGCUCUUUUGUAAAGUUUUUGUAGUGAUUUUUAUGCCAUCUGAAUAAAGAAUGA